UGCAGCUGUUUAAUUCCGUGCAGGAUUUAUUUUCCCUACCAGGUGUCACAACUGUGGAACAGACACACUGAGGAUGUGGAGCCGAGUCUUUAUUUGUGGGGUCGUAUCAGUCUGUCUCCUUUGGCCUGAGGCUGUUACUGCUGGAACCAGUUUCCUGAGCCCGGCGGAUAUGCCCAAAUCUUCUGUUAAGAGACCCCCUAAAAAGCUGCCUUACAAUAAUGAGCAUCGCAGGGAGGCUUUGGACCUUUGGGACAGUCCAGUGGAAGCAAUGCCUGACGAGGAGAAGGAAUUCAGGGUCACAUUCCCACUGGAUAUCAACCUGAAAAUGGCAGAAAAGCAAUUCCAAAAACAAAAAGCUGCUCUCCAGGAUAUCCUGCUUGCGUUAUUCUCCGUCACGCCAUCUCAAGAUACACAAGAUGGAGCUGAAUAAGAAGAAAUAAAUGCAACCCCAUGAUGCAAAGUGACAGACUGCUACUCCCAGCAUGCUCUUUGAAUAAUUCAGGUGGUUACAAGCAAACUCCUACAUCCAUAUACUGUAGCUGUAUUUCUGUAGUUAAUAAAUAAAUACUUUGCAUUGCA